ACUGAAGAACCAGGAGCUAAGGCCUCUGGGCAAGUCCGACGUCCGGAUGAAGAUGCUGGCGGCCCCUAUCAAUCCAGCCGACAUAAACAUGAUCCAAGGGACGUAUGCCAUUCUUCCCGAACUGCCCGCGGUCGGAGGGAACGAAGGGGUCGGCCAGGUGUUGGAAGUGGGCAGCGCUGUGACCGGACUGAAGCCCGGGGACUGGGCAAUCCCGGCUGACGCAGGCCUUGGAACCUGGCGGACUGAGGCUGUAAUCAGUGAAGAGUCCCUGGUCAGCGUCCCAAGUGACAUUCCCCUGCUUUGUGCGGCCACCCUGGGUGUCAACCCCUGCACCGCCUACAGGAUGCUGUGUGACUUUGAGCAGCUGCGCCCAGGAGACUCCAUCAUCCAGAAUGCAGCCAACAGUGGAGUGGGGCAAGCCGUCAUUCAGAUCGCUGCAGCUUUGGGCCUGAGAACCGUCAACGUGGUCCGAGACAGGCCAGACCUGCGGCAGCUGGUGGACAGACUGAAGGCUCUGGGGGCUGAACAUGUCUUCACAGAGGAGGCCCUGAGAAGGCCAGAGAUCAAGGACUUCUUCCAGACCUUUCCUCGGCCGCGACUUGCACUCAAUUGUGUCGGUGGGAAGAGCUCCACUGAGCUGAUGCGACACCUGGGGCACGGAGGCACCAUGGUAACCUAUGGAGGGAUGGCCAAGCAGCCAGUCACAGCCUCGGUGAGCUCAUUCAUUUUUAAGGACAUCAAGCUCCGGGGCUUCUGGAUGUCUCAGUGGAAGAAAGACCGAGGUCCAGACCAGUUCAAGGAGAUGAUCCUCACCCUGUGUGACUUUGUCCGCCGAGGGCAGCUCAUGGCUCCGGCCUGCUCGGAAGUCCCACUGAAAGAUUACCAGGUAGCUCUGGAAGCCUCCAUGAAGCCCUUCGUUUCCUCAAAGCAGAUUUUCACCAUGUAAUGGCCCGGGAGGAUGAGUAACCAACUGUGUAUCAUGACUCAGCGGUAGAGGGAUGCGACAUCUCCUGUAUCAGCCCUUGGCCAGGUGCUAUGUCCACCAGAGCCUCUCUCUGGAGCAUCGCUGCUCCCCAAGACAAGCCUGAUUCUGAGAUCAGGAAAUAGUGGCCAUUAAGCUGUCAGCCUUGGGCACCAGCCCAGCCUUCACCAAUAAAGUAUGAUUGCCAGUUUCUUAAACA